AGUCCAGAUUCCUCACCCAUGUGAUUAAUUCUUGAUUUUUUUUUUUUCUUAUUUGUAUAUCCCUGUGGGUUCUUUUGACAGGUCUCAAGGGUUUUGCCAGCAGAUGUGCAACCCCUACCAGAGUUGCAUGUCACUGCUCAUGAAUGCUGGGCAGUGCAUCCACAGAGAUGUUGAACAUGACAGCUAUUUUGUGUGAAGGUGGCUUAAAAGUUGUGCUGUCUGAAGCACCCUCUCAGACUAAUCACAAUGUGAUGCUGAGAAGAGCUUAGGCACCCUUAAAAACUUGUUUCCUAACCUUCAGAUGCUGAGAGAAUAGCAUUUGACUGUUUGUAGGGGGUGGGGCUGGAAAUAAAUACACCCACCCACUGUGGUGAUGAUUUUGCAAGAUGCUUUUGAGCAGUGUUACAAUUUUAAUGUAUUCUUGCUGACUCCCUUAUUUACAAGUAAGUUGUCAGCAACUUGCUCCAAACCUGACUAGGCUUUAACAAGCUCUUCUGCUGUGUCACUUAGAGCUGAGCUCACAGCUUGGCCAUGUGCAAUAGCUGUUCUGCCACAGCUGACAGAGCAAGGCAGCAGGGGUGUAGGGAACCAAAGAGCAGGGUUGUGGGGAGGGAGAGGGUGGUCUGGCCAAAGAGUGUUUUAGGUAACCUUGUGAAAUUGUUCCAUCCCUAUGCCCUCACAUGAGCAUGCAGCUACCCUGCACUGAUGCCCAGCUGGGUGAAGGCACCUUGGAAAUGCAGGAUUUCUGCUGAGACCACUAUGCAGCCUGACUGCCCUGGCAGCUGCUCUCCUGUUUACUAAGAUGCAGACACCGCUUCCGCACCGCAGCAAUGCUCCUCUCCCUCCCCAUCAGCCCAGCCAGCAGCGGCGCGGUCCUCUGCCGAAACAGGAGGAGCGAGAGCUGCACUGCAGUAAUUCGUCUCGCCGCCUGCACUGAUGGUUCCCUCAGGGCGCCACCUCCCGUCACGGUGAUAAACGCAGUUAGGGGUGGAGCGGUCCCACGGGCGACCAGGAGCAGGCGCUUUGAGGCGCUUCUCUCUGGUACCAACGCAGCCGCCUGCCGGCCCGCUCCCAGGGCGGGCGAGCCGCCCCCGAGGCGGGGCCCCUGGCCCGCCCUGAGGGCGGCGGGGCGGGCCAAGAUGGCGGCGGGGGGCGGGCGGUACUUCUGCACGGCGGGCCGCGGGCUGGAGCCCUUCCUCGCGCGGGAGGUGCGGGCGCGGCUCGGCGCCACGGAGGUGGACCGCGUCUCAGGAAAGGUCUUCUUCAGCACAGAGGCAGAGCCGGGCGAGCUGAGGAAACUCAAGUCUGGAGAGCGACUCUUUUUGCUGCUUAAGAAACACACCCCGAUUCCCGUUUCUAGAAAUAAAGGGAAAGUGCUGCAUGAGAUUAAAAGCCUUGUCAUUGAGGAGCCAAAGUAUUGGCUAGAUGUUAUCUCUAUUUGGAGAAACCUUCAUGGGUGUGGGGGACAAAAAGAUAAUGUCUCUCAAGAAAACCCAUCGCCUCUCAAGAGAAAAUCAGAAGAGGCAAACAUUGCAACUAAAAGGCAGAAAAUGGAACAAGUGAGAGGGACUAUGUCUGAGGAAUGUCAGGCGGAAGGCGGAGAGAGGUGUGUGGUACCAGAGAGAAAGAGUGAUCAGGACUGCUGGACUGAAAGCAAGACUUCCUUAGAAGACCCUUCCAAAAGCAGUGGGGAGGAACCUAUUGCAAACGAGCAGCUUAGCUUCAGUUUCAGAGUUUCUUGUCGUUGUAGUGGAGCGAUUGCCAAAAUACUUACUUCACAGGAGAUUGGAAGAGCUGUUGGCAUAGCGCUCAUGAAGCAGUGUGGGUGGCGGGCUGAUCUGCGGGACGCUGAUCUAGAGAUCUUUAUACAUCUUAAUGACAUUCAUUCUGUGGUGGGGAUUCCUCUUUUCAGACUUCCGUUGGCAAACAGAGAGUAUAUUAAAACAGCAGGACUGCGGUCAACAAUUGCAUGGGCCAUGGCAUCUCUGGCUGAAAUCAGUGCAGGUGCCUUUGUGCUGGAUCCUAUGUGUGGGCUAGGAACGAUACUGCUGGAAGCUGCCAAAGAGUGGCCUGAAGCCUGUUACUGGGGUGCUGAUAUAAGUGAUUCACAGUUAGAGGGUGCAGAUGUGAAUAUUAGGACUGCAGGCUUGAUGGACAAGAUUGAGUUACUUAAAGCUUCUGUGAAAGCAUUGCCGUUGCCUUCGGAAAGCUUUGAUGCUGUGAUUUCAGAUAUUCCAUUUGGGAAGAAGUUCAAGAUCACAAAAGACAUACAGCUCCUACCGGAUAUUCUCCAGGAAAUGGAGAGAGUACUUCGUGUUGGAGGCACUAUUGUAUUGUUGCUGAGCCAAGAUCUCCAUAAGUGCAUGGAUGGCAUUACCAAGCAUGCUGAAAAUGACUCUCCUAAUGCCAUUUCUGAUGGCGCAAGUGAAACCACCACUGCAAAAGCCCUGAAUGUUGAUGGGAAUUCAUCCUCCUUGGUGAACGGUAUUGAAGAAUCCUUUCUCAGCAGCAGACAGACACGUUUUGGGUCUCUGGUGCCAGAUGGCGUCUAUGAAGUUAGUCUUGGAAAGACAGAUGCUUUCAUAUACAAAUACAGGAAGAUCUCUUCUGCUGGGAAUCAGUAGCUUUCUUGCACUGCACCGAAAUGAACUUGAAUCCUGAUAUGCUUGAAAAGCAGCAUGGCAGUGAUCCAGUGGAACCCUGCUGAUCCACACCCUGUGCCAUUUGUUAGCUCGCCUCGCUUUUUUUGGAUGUCCUAAGGCGUUGCUUUUCUCUCUUUGGUUUUUAGGAGAGGUGGAAGAUGCCUACUAGUGUUUCAGAUGUUUUUACUGUAAAAUAUUGUCAUAAGACAGAGUCCUCAAAUCCUUGUUUAGGGAAAGCCUCUCGGUAUCAGGAGGAGUUUCUUUGGAAGAGAAAAUCUUUAUUUGCAGAACUGCAAAACCAAAUGUGGUAAUAUUAAAUGUAAAUGGAUUUUUGCCUUCAGCAGUAUUUUUUAGGAAGCACAUCUUGCCUGAAGAAGUCUCCAGCUCUUUUUGAGGGCUGGAUGUAUGCUUUACCUUGCAGUCUUGUAUUUUAUUUUAAAGCUCAUUUCUGAUGAGUUUGAAAUGUUGCUAUUGAGAUCUCUUGGAGUGGAAAAUAAAACUAUUUUCUGUAUUAA